GGAGCUGCCAGCCUGCAGGGCGAGCAGUCCGGCCCUGAGUUCACCCGGGCUUCAGCGCCGAGCGAGCCGAAAAACUUCCAUCUCACUCUCCUGGCUUUGACCCUCCUUGGACAUCAGAGCCGAGGCGCCGAAGGGAAGGAGGAUGCGAGAUGACUGGCGCUUUGGCGACCUGACCAUCUCCUUAGCAGAGCCUUCCAAAGCGAGCUGGGCGCUGGCUGCACCACCCGGAGGCGCCGCGCCUCUAGCGGAUGUGUGCGCGCGUGAGUGAGCGAGCGGGAGUGAGUGUGCGUGCCUGAGAGCGUGUGGAUGUGUGUGGAUGGGUGUGUGCGCAGUACGACCGGGUGUGAGUGUGUCUGGAUGAGUGUGUGCGUGCGUGCGUGAGUGUGUGUGUGUGUGUGCCCGCGCGCGAGUGUGCGAGUGCUCUUGGUUAUUUUGGGGGAGAGCAGAAAAAUCUCGGAAAUCUGGGACAGGUUACCGGCUCCGAGGGUGAUUGGUUUGCAAGAAGAGCUGCCCAAGCGAGCGAGCUUCUAGAGCCGUUCCGGUGUGAGUAAAGAGAUUUUCCUCCCGGGAAGAGAAGGAUUGUUACCCGUGCUCUGCAGCCCAGUUGGAGAUCGGAUCCUAAACCUGGGAAAUUGACCAGAGCCCUGCGAUUCCCAGGGCUUGAGGAGGACUGGGGAAGAAAAGGAGAAAUAAAUCAAACAGCGUGUCCGUUCCUUCGGCCACAUCGGAAGAUGUCAUCUCAAACUAAGUUCAAGAAAGACAAAGAGAUCAUUGCCGAAUAUGAAGCCCAAAUAAAAGAGAUCCGCACGCAGCUGGUGGAGCAGUUCAAAUGCCUCGAGCAGCAGUCCGAGUCCCGGCUGCAGCUGCUUCAGGACCUCCAGGAGUUCUUCCGCAGGAAAGCUGAGAUUGAGCUCGAGUAUUCCCGCAGCCUGGAGAAGCUGGCUGAGCGGUUCUCCUCCAAAAUCCGCAGCUCCCGGGAGCACCAGUUCAAGAAAGACCAAUACCUCCUGUCACCGGUGAACUGCUGGUAUCUGGUCCUACAUCAGACCCGGAGGGAGAGCCGAGACCAUGCCACUCUCAAUGACAUCUUCAUGAAUAAUGUCAUUGUCCGCCUCUCUCAGAUCAGCGAGGAUGUCAUCAGACUCUUCAAAAAGAGCAAGGAGAUUGGCCUGCAGAUGCAUGAGGAGCUCCUGAAGGUGACCAACGAGCUGUACACAGUCAUGAAAACUUACCACAUGUACCAUGCGGAGAGCAUCAGUGCAGAAAGCAAGCUAAAGGAGGCCGAGAAGCAGGAGGAGAAACAGUUCAACAAGUCAGGAGACCUCAGCAUGAACCUGCUCCGGCACGAGGACCGGCCCCAGCGCCGCAGCUCUGUGAAGAAGAUUGAGAAGAUGAAGGAGAAGAGGCAGGCAAAGUAUUCCGAGAACAAGCUAAAGUGCACGAAGGCCCGGAAUGACUACUUGCUCAACCUGGCAGCCACCAACGCAGCUAUCAGCAAAUAUUACAUCCACGAUGUCUCUGAUCUCAUUGACUGCUGUGAUCUGGGAUUUCACACCAGCCUGGCCCGCACCUUCCGGACCUACCUCUCUGCCGAGUACAACCUGGAAACCUCUCGCCAUGAGGGACUGGACGUCAUCGAGAAUGCUGUGGACAACCUGGACUCCCGCAGUGAUAAGCACACAGUCAUGGACAUGUGCAACCAGGUCUUCUGUCCUCCGCUCAAGUUCGAGUUCCAGCCCCACAUGGGAGAUGAGGUGUGCCAGGUCAGUGCCCAGCAGCCUGUCCAGAUGGAACUGCUUGUGCGGUACCACCAGCUGCAGUCCAGACUGGCCACGCUCAAGAUCGAGAAUGAGGAGGUUAGAAAGACCCUGGAUGCCACCAUGCAGACCUUACAGGACAUGCUGACGGCAGAGGACUUUGAUGUCUCCGAUGCCUUCCAACACAGCCGGUCCACAGAGUCUGUGAAGUCAGCUGCCUCAGAGACCUACAUGAGCAAGAUCAACAUUGCCAAAAGGAGAGCCAACCAGCAGGAAACAGAGAUGUUUUAUUUCACAAAAUUCAAAGAAUACGUAAACGGCAGUAACCUCAUCACCAAGCUCCAGGCCAAGCACGACCUGCUCAAGCAGACUCUAGGAGAAGGAGAAAGAGCAGAAUGUGGCACCACCAGCAGACGAGAUGGAAGGCUUAGGCUGCCCCACUUCCCUUGGCUGAGCUGUCCCCCUGCUCCCCACUUCCUGCCCCACCCAGCACUUCCAGGAAGAAGAAAUGCUCGAACCAGGAACCAGGAUUCAGGACAAGCUAUUCCCCUCGUCGUUGAGAGCUGCAUCCGGUACAUCAAUUUAUAUGGACUUCAGCAGCAGGGGAUCUUCAGAGUGCCAGGAUCUCAAGUCGAAGUCAAUGACAUCAAAAAUUCCUUUGAGAGAGGUGAAGACCCACUCGUGGAUGAUCAAAAUGAGCGAGAUAUCAAUUCAGUAGCUGGUGUUUUAAAACUGUAUUUCCGAGGACUGGAAAACCCACUCUUUCCUAAGGAAAGGUUUCAAGAUUUAAUAUCUACUAUUAAACUGGAGAACCCAGCCGAGAGGGUGCACCAGAUCCAGCAAAUCCUCAUCACCCUACCCCGUGUGGUCAUUGUGGUCAUGAGAUACCUCUUUGCUUUCCUCAACCACCUCUCCCAGUAUAGCGACGAGAACAUGAUGGACCCCUACAACCUGGCCAUCUGCUUUGGGCCCACCCUCAUGCACAUCCCUGAUGGGCAGGACCCUGUGUCCUGCCAGGCACACGUCAAUGAAGUUAUCAAAACCAUCAUCAUCCAUCACGAAGCCAUCUUCCCCAGCCCCCGAGAGCUCGAGGGACCUGUGUAUGAAAAGUGCAUGGCUGGAGGGGAAGAAUAUUGUGACAGCCCACACAGUGAGCCAGGGACUAUCGAUGAAGUUGACCAUGAUAAUGGCACAGAGCCUCACACGAGUGAUGAAGAAGUGGAGCAGAUUGAAGCCAUUGCCAAGUUUGAUUACGUGGGGCGGUCCCCACGUGAGCUGUCCUUCAAGAAGGGGGCCUCACUGCUCCUGUACCACCGUGCCUCGGAGGACUGGUGGGAAGGCCGUCACAAUGGUGUGGAUGGACUCAUCCCCCAUCAGUACAUAGUUGUACAGGACAUGGAUGAUGCCUUCUCUGACAGCCUGAGCCAAAAGGCUGACAGCGAGGCCAGCAGUGGACCGCUGCUGGAUGACAAGGCCUCCUCCAAGAACGACCUCCAGUCCCCCACGGAGCACAUCUCAGACUACGGCUUUGGGGGGGUGAUGGGCCGAGUGCGGUUACGAUCCGACGGAGCAGCCAUCCCCAGGCGCCGAAGUGGGGGAGACACACACAGUCCUCCCCGGGGCCUGGGCCCCAGCAUAGACACACCACCCAGGGCUGCUGCCUGCCCUAGCAGCCCCCACAAAAUCCCCCUCAGCCGGGGGAGGAUGGAGAGCCCGGAGAAGAGGAGGAUGGCGACGUUUGGGAGUGCUGGCAGCAUCAACUACCCCGACAAGAAGGCUCUCUCAGAAGGCCACUCGAUGCGGUCGACCUGCGGCUCCACCCGGCACAGCAGCUUAGGGGACCACAAGUCCCUGGAGGCCGAGGCCCUGGCAGAAGACAUCGAGAAGACCAUGAGCACCGCUCUGCAUGAGUUGCGGGAACUCGAGAGGCAGAACACAGUCAAGCAGGCGCCAGAUGUGGUGCUGGACACCCUGGAGCCCCUGAAGAACCCUCCGGGCCCUAUCAGCUCGGAACCUGCCAGCCCCCUGCACACCAUCGUCAUCCGAGACCCCGAUGCCGCCAUGCGCCGCAGCAGCAGCUCCUCCACCGAGAUGAUGACCACCUUCAAGCCAGCCCUGUCUGCCCGCCUGGCCGGUGCUCAGCUGCGCCCGCCCCCCAUGCGGCCAGUGAGGCCAGUAGUCCAGCAUCGGUCUAGCAGCAGCAGCAGCUCAGGGGUGGGUAGCCCAGCUGUGACACCCACUGAGAAGAUGUUCCCCAACAGCACCACAGACAAGUCGGGCACCAUGUGACCUGGUGGAGGGGUGGCAUCGCUCGGGCCCACUGUGGUGCACUGUGGCUUAGGGUGGCCUCCGUGGCUGCCCUUGCUUCCCAGCGAUCCUCCCGGCCUUGGAGGGCAGAGCCCGGGAGGUCAGCCUGGGAGAGUGUGCAUCAGUGGAGAACCAAGGCCCAGGCAUUAGCUGCAGCUCACGCUCAGCUGUGUGAAUCCCACAGCCCUCCAGCGUGCAGACAGGCACUCCGAGGAAUGCUAGAGUGGGAGCAACCCCAAGUACACUUCCCCAAGAUGGAGGCCGAAUGCUAGACAGCACCUCUCGUAUACCGUACUGGAAAUUAUUCUCUCAGCAGUCUCUGUGCGUGUGUGUGUGUGUGUGUGUGUGUGUGUGUACAUGUGCAUAUAUACUCAUAUGCACGUGUCGUAGGUGUGGGUGUGUUUGUAUAUAUAUAUAUUUAUGCAUCGAUAUACAUAUACUAGAUCUGGACAUACACACAUGCUAAAUGUAUAUAGUAUUUCCUUUUUCUUUUUAUGAAACUUAGAUUUACCUCAGACCCAUGCCACCAAACAUCUCCCGCUGUUAUUUGGUGGGAUUUGCAGGGACUUCUCUGGGAGGACUUAGAGGCCCCACAGUAACUGCGAAUGAAGCAAUAUACCACUUAACAUGCAGAAAAACAAAAACAUUCUCUCACUGUCUCCAGAAGUUGUGGCCUUCCAGAACAGUCUGGCCCUACAGGAUGGGUGGGGCAGGCUGUAACCCAAGCAGGCUGCUCCUACAGGUGGGGAAACCUUCAUAGAAAACCCUCAGUCCACCCCAGAGACCUUGCCCUUCCACUAAGAGGCCAAGGCCAACUCUAUCCCAAAAGCACCAGAGGAGGUUGGCGGGAAGAGGCCUGACCGCGCAUCCUUGUGUUCAUGUGUAGAACGGGCCACAGUGAGAACCUGGCCCUGUAAUAGCAGUGUUACACGUGGUUGAAAAAAGAAAAAAAUACCGUGGUGUGGAAUACUUCAAAUCCUAGAAAUGCUGUAGGAAUAAAUCUGUGGUAACUAUAGAGAUUUAACUUAUAUCAUCUUCAAAAUAUUUAAUUUUUCUUUUCCUUGUUCUAAUCAUACUGUGUCAGAUUUGGAACUAAACAGGUGAGGAGGCUUUGGAGCUCAUUGUUUUCAUUUGAAGCCAGAUGUGACGCCCUUUGGCCCAUGCCCUCCUGCAUGCAGCUCGGGAGCCCCCAGUGCCCAGUUCAGACCGGAUGCUGCUGAGGGGUGACCCUUGGCAAUUUCUGUGCUAGAGAUCACCUGUGGUUGAGUUUCUGGGAGUGAAGUAGCUUUCCACCUUCCUUUCCCUCCAUCGUCACCCACUCCCUGUAGAGCAUUUACUGUAGAUGAAAAUGUGGCGAGAGACACAGGGGUGUGAUUGGCAAGUAAAAUGAGCAAGGCUUUUUGCCCCUUGGCUAGAUAAAGGCCAUUUGACUUGCUCUUGUUUGAUUCCAUUUUACCUCCUUUUUUGAACUCUGUUUUCCAGAAAUAGGCUGUUUCUGGAUAAUGGAACCCAGGCAGACCUGAGGCUACUAGGACCACUUUCACUUACUCGCUUAUGCCAAGCUGAGGUCUCUUCUCUAUUGAGCUCAGCCCCGCCGGCCCGGGGCUUGGAAUCUAAAGUCCCAGCCCAGUUCACUUAGGAGCUAUGUGACUUGGGGUGCGUCCCUGUACCAGUGAGCCUCACUUCCCCCAUUAAAGGAGGCUAACAAAGAUCAGGUGGAAGUAAGCCAGCUGGGUAGAGUGGAAAGCAUUGUGGUCUUAUUAUCAUUAGGAAGGUGAGUCUUUCAGAUCUGAAAACAUCCAGAACUUCUUUUGAGAAGUGAGCAGUGGAAGUUUCCUACCAGCUUAUUGAGACCCCAAAGCCCUUACAUCUCUGUGUCCUGCAGGUGCUUACAGCCCUUACCCAUUGGAUUAGCUUUCAUCUUCUCCUGUGGUUCUGCUUUGAAAGGUAAACACACAGAAAGAGAGACCUGUGAGCUCUAAUAGCUGGAUGUGGGGGUAGAAAGCCAUCCUACCUUGUCUGUAGGAUUGGCACUGAGCCCAGAUCAUGGGAAGAGGACUUGGGAAAGGGCACACAUGAGAAUGCCAGGGAGGGCCCAAGGAUGGACAUGUCCUCUUGUUUUGCCUGCAGCAAUUAACGUUUGGCUUUUAAUCCUGGAUCUGAAAAGUCCUCUGCCUUUGAGCAUAGAAAGAUAUCCCCAAUCGCUUCUCGGCCUUUUGGCUAAGAUCAAGUGAAAGAUAUCCCCAUUUCCCAGAGAGUAAGGCCUGGGGGUUUACCCACAAUUUGACGGGUGACUGCGAGUUGGGGCUAAGUCAGACUCAGAAAGUCAUUCAUUUGCAAGGAUGCUGCGCUGUUCAGCCAGGACACAAGGCUUCUCGUUGUUAUCCCAGAGACACUCUUGGCCCAUGCCCUCCUGCAUGUAGCUUGGGAGCCCCCAGGCAAAAUUCUGCCAUGAAUAUCAGAUGAAAAGUAAAAGUUUGAGUAGGCAAAUGUGUUGUCUGUCACACCAGUCAGGCUGUGUGCUUUUUCUCUGAAUUGACUGAUUUCGUUUUUCCUUACUGACAACAGACCCAUUUCCCAGAAAUACCUGAAAACAGAGCCUUAGCUGUUUUCUUUGAGCACCUACUUUUUCCCCAUUGGGAAAUGCUGGUGCGUUCACAUUUCAGGGAGAGUGCACACAGAUGGCAGGUGCCUCCCCACUUACCCAGCCCAGAUCUGAGCCUGACGCAGAGCAGUGGAAAGCUGCCCCCUCCUCAUCUGGCACUCUGCAUGUCUCCACCCUCCAUACCACUUGGCCUUACCAGGCCCACCGAGCGUUGGCAUUCUCUCCCCAACUCCUGCCUGUUUUAAUCCACUAUAUAUUGCUGUAUUUGCUUAAAUGCUGGAAAGUAACUGUUAAAAUGUGAAACUGUAAUUUUUUAAAGGCUACAAUUAAAUUAUAGCCAAUACCACUUACCAAAUCUUUGCACCUAGUAGAUAGAUCAAUGUAAAAACAAAUACCAGAAACCUAACUGUACAGUAAGUGUGGGGGAAACGUAGUAACCUAGUUAGUAGUCCUCAAUAUAACUAAUUGUACAAGGGGGAGUGCUGUUUACCUACUUGUUCAUCACCAUUAUUGAAAGCUGUACUGACCAGUUAGUUGAUAACGGGCAUUUUCUUUUCUUUUUCCUUUUUUGGGCUUCAUGGAAUGAUUUCUUAACCUUCAAUUUACCCCUAGGUCAAGCCUUUGUUUUUCUGUGUAACUGAUGUCCAGUCUGUUUUAGGAAUGAACCAGCAAGAUGUUCAUUUAAAACUGACCAAA